UUAAAAUUAAAAAAAGGAAGAAAUAAAAUGGCAGAUUUAGGGUGUGGGGCAGCCUUCCUUUUGAAAAGUUAAAAGAAAAGAAAAAGAAAGAAAAAAUUGAUUGCCAAAAAAAAGCCUCAGUGGUUAUUUUUGGGCAUCUAGAAAGCAAAAAUUUUGCAUAAGAAUUCCCCUGAACCGCUUAAGGUAAUGUUGUCUCGAUCAACCCCACUUUUGCCCCCCCCCCCUUUUUGGACAUCUCUGGAUCCAGCCCUGUAUGGGAUAGUUUGCUUAAUACUUCAACUUUUUUUUCUUUAGAUGAGCUUGAUGGUACUGAAAGUAAAAUGUAUAGUUCGGAACAAACUAGCGAUAACGACACUUCUUCAUCGACGGGUGAGGAUACACAAGAGACUACCGAUAACCUAUCACAAGAGUACAUUCCAGAAAAAAUCACUGUACCUCCACGGUUUGAACUGCGGGAGUCGUCAUUAGGAAACACUGGUUUAGGGGUGUUUAGCCUCGCUGAUGUUCCUAUAGGUGAGAAAUUUGGACCUUUCAAAGGAGUUGAGAGAAGGACGAUAACCAACAGUGAAUUUGCAUGCAAGAGUAAUUAACUCGAGAAGCCUGAGAACACUAUUGGUGCGCAGCAGUAUCACGGCACAGUGUGACUGAAGGUAAUCCGCACAGGAAACUAAGGCUAUCUUUACGAAACACCUGAACGAAUUACAAGUCCUGUAAGCUUGCAUCCACUGUCCUACUAACAUGCGAGGGUCUUUUGCUAAUUGGCCAGUUCAUCAGGGAGAAUAUGCUUAUUAUAUAUUGAAUUCAUUAUCUUCCUGAAAAUAUGUGUUUGUCAGUUUUUUCCCCGGUUUAUUAAAGACACAUCAUUGAUUUUGAUGUGUUGUUUUUUUCAUCACUUUAUGACAAAGCAUUUUUCUUUUUAAGCCCAAGUAAUUUUUAUUAAAGUAUAAACUAUGGUAGCGAUGAAAGUUCCAUUUAGUUGUGCAAUUAAUUUGGACUGCAAGUACCUUUUUUUAAUAAUUGAUUAGUAUUUAAAUUAUUGCAAUAAAAUUUUUCUGCCAAUUUGUCAUUAUUAUUUC